UUUAGUUUUCACCAUGGCAACGGUCACGUGAUGACAACCUGUGCGUGCUUGGUGACCGGCAAAGGGCAUAGAGGUUCAUUCAGACUAGAAGCCAGGCGACUUGCGGGAGGGUUUUCGUGUAAUUUCUUCGCGGAUUUUCUCGGCAAAGUUUGAAGAUGCACCGCGCCUACCAGCCCAUCACUCCAGCGGGGAACAAGCUGUUACAGCAAAAAUGGGACGACAAGUACUACAACGAACACAGGGACCUCGUUCGGACAGCCAAACCGAUGGUGGAUACAAAAGCCCCUCGUACCUACGUGCACAUGCACAUGAAGCUCAGAAAACUACAGUUGGAGGAGGAGAGACUGGCCACCAUUGAGAGAGACAACCGCAUCCUACUGGAGAAAAUGUCGCACAUCAUGCGCACACGGGGCCGCGUGGACAACCGGAACGAGUACGAGCACCACAGUCUGAACCGUGAGAAGCGUCAGCGGGAGUUGAUGCGCAUCACUAAGGAGAACCAGGAGAUCCUGAAGCGAAUCAUGAAGCGAGAGCCAGAGUACGACCACGCCAAGUGGCAGCGGGACUGGGAGAAGAACGAACAGUUCAUGGACAACAUCGCCCGCUACCCAAAGGGCUGGUACGACGAAUGGAAGACUGAAGAAGAUAAGAAAAGGCAAAAAUCUCGCGAGACAUCCCGGCAGUCUACAAGACGUUCCUCAGAACAGACCCCCAGGAAGAAGAGCCGGACGAAAUCAGAGAGAAAAGACAGCGCCCAAUCAGAAGACAGAAAAGAAGAUGAUGCAAAACAAACUGACCAAUCAGAGAAGCCAAAAGAGGAGGAGGGAGCAGCAGGAGGAGAGGAGGAACCUAAGAAAGUAGAAGAAGAAGCAGAGUAGAGAAAUGUGCAAAGAUGAUCAAAUUGGUCACCUGACCUCCUUAGCAGGCCAUGCCACUGGAGUUUUAUGGAGGCUUUUAUAAUGCACCUCUUUUUCUUACAGCAUAUCACUUUUAUUUGCAACUGUAGGUUCUUGUGGCAGUCUAUUCUGGGCUGACACAAGAGCACUGUUACAACUAGAGGUGAUAGGUGAUUUAAAAAAGCGCAUUAUAAAAGCAUGCUAUGGUCAACUGUGGAGGUGCAGAUACAAGUCCUGAACUUUCCUAUUUUGGCAAGAUAUUACUCAAAUUUGACCAAAUAAAAAUGUAACAAAUAAGAAAUGUAACAAAUGUACCAAAUAAAAAUGUAACAAAAAUAACACUGUGAAUUCUGAAUUUGCCCUAUGUACAUGUAUAGCCAAUCAGUGAAAAAUCUUCAAGUUGUUAGGUGAAAAUAGGAUGAAAAGAAAAGGACUUACAGUAUUUUGAAGUUUCUUCGUGGUAGAAAACUUUGGGUGCCUCCACAAAAGGCAGUUGUUAAACUGAGAUCAUCUCUGAUCAGUAAUGCAUUGACUAAUCAGCAGAAUAUCAUCAACUGUGUAUCAUGAAAGAUUUGAUACACAUUCUGUAUUUUGACUAACUGUGCACUAAGUUUGGAGACUUCUCAAAACCCUAACAUGUAUUAAUAAGUACCAGAGUUGUACAACCAGGACAAGUGAAACUAGAAGCUAAUGCUGCUACAAUGUUCAUGUAUGUCAUAGUGUAAGAGUGUAUAAUUUGAUGAACAUGGUACAAUAUUGUGACAUAUCUUGAGUGCUACAUGUAGGCAUGUGUAUUAUGGCAUAAUGCAUUAUUUUUUUCAUAUCCCACUUUUUAAAAAUAUCUACAAGUUACUGAAGUUACUGUUAUGGUAGAUAUCUAAUUAAAACAUUAUAAAAAGAUUUAAUCUGUUGUUCAUAACGGUAAGUUUCUUACUAAAAGAAUAUCUAUAACAGAAAAUGUUUUCCUAUGCUGAGUGAACACAAGUUUUAUCAUACAUUGACUACAAAUCUGCUCAGUGUGUUAUGUGUUAAGUCUGUUUGAGUAUGACAAAACAAAGGAAACACAACACAAAGGUAUGAAAAGAAUGGAUGAUUGAUGAGAUGGCACAUUAAGAACUUGAUGGAUGUGGCUUAAGAUGACAAGACAAUUCCUGUAAGAUACAAGCAGUGUCAUCACUCAGGGAAAGUUGUCACAAAGACAAAGGAGUUUGCAUGAUGGAAAGAUGGCCUGACGUCAAUUGGCAUUUUUACUGUAUUCAACUGUGUCAGCAAAUGAAUUAAAAAUGUUCAUGUGUGGUG